CAUCAGGGAGGAAGGCCCACGAUCUAGGUGGCUGCAGCAGAGCUACCAGCAGCUGCAGGAACACCGCCGUGGGGAACAAUCUCGUUUCCAGCAAACCGAAACAGCAGCAAGGUGUUGGAGAGCGCUGAGUUAGGGGGGGGGGAGACGAGAACCAAAGCAAGCUCAGGACUUCAGAACACCAGCUAGAUCAUUCUUGACCCAGGCACCACGCCACCACGCUACCACCGACCCCUCGAGCCUAUGCAGUCCAGUGUCCGUCUGUGUCUUAUCGUGGGCGUGACGUGCAGCAACGGCGGUAAUAGUAACGGGAAGCUUGAUUUACGUGAUAGAGGUUUUUCGUGCGACGGGGUGACGUGCCGCUGCUGUGAGGUUAGCGGACCACACCACACCACACCACCCCACCUCAUCCCACCCCACCCCACCCCACAGCACAGCACAGCACAGCGGAAAGGAAUUGACGAUCCAAAGGUCCGACUCCACAGCGGUAAUAGAGCCUCGUGUACCAUGCACUACGCCUUCCCUUACAACGCCCACUACCAACACCUCUGCCUCCGCCACCGUCGCAAGAUCAGGGAAGGACUCUGGCUUGCAUCGCGCACUGUAAUGACUGCUGCUGCUGCUGCUGCUGGUGCUAAGGGAGACUGCAGUGCUUCCAAUUUAGGGAGUUGGUGAUCCAAAGGCCGUGACUGCAGCGAUCCCGUGCGUCCUGCACCAUCAGGGAAGGACUCCGGCUUCGCACUGCGCCUCCACUGACCUUCUCCCCAUCACCCUGCCAACUCCGGCGUCCUCCCCCGCUACCGCUACUCGGCGGAUGGGUUCCGCCUCGCAUUGGGCCUUCACUGCAGUCCCGCUAACACGUGCCGCCGUCGCCGCUACUGGCACUGAGGGACUUCGCCUCGCAGCGGCCUGGCAAACACCUGCAACAUACCACUACCGCCGCUGCCGUCCAGUGAGAUUCAUCGCAGACAUCCUGCCAUUCAACGCCUGCUGCCACCACCUCCUCUACCUCCUUAUGGUCUUGUCACUGUACUUGGAGCUGUUGUCAUGAUUUUAUAAUAAAUUGUGAAGAAUU